ACCAGAAACCACACACAUUUCAAGUCGUCGGUGCGCAGUCAGUUUCAGCAGACUUUUCAGUUUUUUCAAGUGCGGUUCCGUCGGUACCAACCUACAAAAUAAACACAACAAAAAAUAACAACACUCGCAAUAUGAAGAAGUUUUUCGUGGUGUUUGUGGCAUUAUUCGGAGCCGCUGUGGCUCAAAGUAGCUUUAAGUGUCCCGAUGACUUUGGAUUCUAUCCACACGACACUUCGUGCGACAAAUACUGGAAGUGCGACAAUGGCGUUUCCGAGCUGAAGACCUGCGGCAACGGUCUGGCCUUCGAUGCCACAGACUCCAAAUACCUCACCGAGAACUGCGACUAUCUGCACAACGUGGAUUGCGGCGAUCGCACAGAGCUUGAGCCCCCAAUCACCACGCCUCACUGCUCCCGUCUGUAUGGCAUCUUCCCCGACGAGAACAAAUGCGACGUGUUCUGGAACUGCUGGAACGGCGAGCCCUCCAGAUACCAGUGCUCCCCCGGACUGGCCUACGAUCGCGAUGCUCGUGUGUGCAUGUGGGCUGAUCAGGUGCCCGAGUGCAAGAACGAAGAGGUGGCCAACGGAUUUUCCUGCCCGGCGGCCGGUGAGCUGGCCAACGCCGGAUCCUUCUCGCGCCACGCCCACCCCGAGGACUGCCGCAAGUACUACAUCUGCCUGGAGGGCGUGGCCCGCGAAUACGGAUGCCCCAUCGGCACAGUCUUCAAGAUUGGCGACAGUGAUGGCACUGGCAACUGCGAGGAUCCCGAGGAUGUUCCCGGAUGCGAGGAUUACUAUGGCGAUGUAGACCUGAAAGCACUGAAAAAAUUGGGCUUUUAAAAAAGCACACAUACGGCAGAGACUCACGGCUCACAUACAAAAUUUAAGUCACGGCAGUUUGAGGUCUGAAAGUCAAUGCAAGACGGCAAGAUGAGAGGCGACAAAAGGAGCCGAAGGAUGGCGAAGGAUCAGAAGGAAACCACAAUAACAGUGGGCUUAAAAUGCUUGCCACACAUGCACACGGAAAAAAUCAGGAGCCUGGACUACUUAUUUAAGACUACCUUAUUCAGAACCAAUCCUUUCAAACAAUAUUAUGGCUGCUUGACUCAUCCAAAUGGUUAAUUAUUUUUCACAAGUGAUUGUUUUAAAUUUUCUGUUUAAUAUCUGAGUAUUUGAUAAAUACUACUGCGUAUCAACCCAUGAGUCAAGCGUGUUAAAUAUUACAUGAAGAUAUAAAAUCUUUUAGUCAAGAAUCGCUUUCUUGGUUGAUUAUUUCCCAGUGCAAAGACACACAUACACAAGCACACACAUACCACAGGCAUACAAAUAAAACAUGCACACAGAAUACAUACAGUUGCUUUUAAAGACUGAGCACAGAAUAACCCCAAAAACAACCCGAUGGAGAAACAGUCGAAAGUGCACCGCUGCACCUUAAAGUUGGAGUAAUUAUUAAAGCAACCAAUUAUAUUAGCUCUGGAUCGAAGGGAAGCCCCUUGUGCUUCGCAGGAAUUCCGAGAAACCUUUGAUGAGACGGCGGCGAAUUCCGCGUAUUCCAUGGUUACCCCAGUGGCCGCAAAAGUCAAAUUUAACUUAUUUAACUAAAUACUCAAGAAACCACAUACACACCACCGUCCAUAACUUCCAGACUCUCGAAUAACUUCAAUGUAUUGUACAUAUAUAGAUGCAGUUUAGUUUAUAAGAUAACAGCUAUGUAGAUGUGAAAUAAAUCGAAACUUUUUGUUUAAAAUUAAAGAA